AUGAACUCUUUUUCUAUGAACACCCUGGCGAAGACGCUUCCAUCAGUAUGUCGGCCAAAUGCUCUCCGGAUGACUGCUGUGCGCACCAAUCGUUCCAUCUCUUCGACUUCUUCCCAGAACGCCGCCUCCUUGAAGGAUAGGUCCAAGUCCGCGGAGAACCAGAUCCUGGACCGUGACCCAGCCAGCUCCGAUAAGACUUCUCCUCUGUCUGCCAUUACCAAGAUGAUGCAGGGAGGCCAAUCAUCCGCCGGCUCGCGUUUUACCUCUGACUACAGCCGGUUGGCCGAAAGCCUGGAAGCCGACAUGAUGCGACACCCCUACGCCGACCGCGCUCCUCCUCACCACCUCCACGUCUACUGCCACAAGCACAACACAAUUCUCACUCUCACACGGCCAAACGGUAAUCCUAUGAUGUCCAUGGGUACUGGUCAGAUCGGUUUCCGCAAGGGUGGCCGGGCCGGCUUCGAUCCCGCCUACCAAUUGUCUUCCCACGUUAUGUCGCAGAUCCAAGAACGCGGAUACCUUCUGGAGAUCAAGCGCCUUGAAGUUGUUUUCCGUGGUUUCGGAAAAGGCCGUGAAGCUUUCACCAAGGUUCUACUGGGUAAUGAGGGCCGCAAUGUCCGUGGACUCGUCAACCGUGUGACUGACUCGACUCGCGUGAAGUUCGGUGGUACUCGCAGCCGCAAGGUCCUCCUCGUUCCCACCACAGAAUCGCUGACUGGCUCGCAUGACCGUGAAUCCGGUGUACUUUACUCAGAUCUCGUUGCGUCGGAAGAGUUCCUGGGAAGCCAUGUGCUGCGGAUUCCGAUCAACUCGAGUUCGAUAAAUGGAAAGGAAGAGUCGAACGUGCGCGACAGUAGAGGAAAGGCGAGGCAAGUUACAACAUUCAACGGACGAACGGUGAUCAUUAAGGAGAACUCGGUGUACAGCAACAAAGGGUUCAAGUCCCUUACGCAGGCUCAGCUUCUUUCCGAUGCACUCUACUAUACAUCCUCCAACUCCUCUUCCGAUCACCGACCAUGGCUCAUCUACUACAUCUCCCGUCCAUUAGUCGGAACGUUCGACCCCUUCAAAAUCAUUUCUGCUACGGUGCCUGGAAGCCUGCCCAAAAAGGCACAGCUACCAUCCUCGAACAAGAAAAGCACCAAUGGCGAACCAACAGCAAACCCAUUCAAACAAGAAAUUAGGACAUUUGGGGAGCUGCUGGCUAACUUCCCAAUGAUUGCAAGGCAGAUGCAACCGGGCCUAGAAAGGCUGUUUAAAGAGUUCGGUAAAGAGCUUGGGAAGCCACUGCCACCUCCACCUUCACGCUCACCUUCUGCAUCCGGCAGCGAGAGUGGGAGGAGGCUCACGCGCUCAGAGUCUCUUGCCGACGAAAGUUCGUCUAUUCGAAGCUGGUCAUCACGCCGAGGUCGACUACCGUUCAAUUCCGAGGAGUACUUUGAAGAUGACGAGGAUCUCAUGCGUCGGAGCUUGGAGACGGCAGUGACAGCUGCAAUCGACCUUUUCCGACUGGUGGACAAACAGCAGCUAUCACUUCUCGGUGCUACAACUGAUCUUACUGGCCCCCUGGUUGAAAGUCUGAUUGAACGCUAUGUUGUGGAACAAGUCCAUGAGCCACUUCUCUUCCCCCGGUUAUGUGCGUUUCGACAACCCGAAGACUCGGAGCUGGACUCCAGAAUACGGCAUAUGGAAAGCAUCGAUGUGACCCAGGUCGGGAUUUCCGUGGAAGGCGGACGGGAAGGCAAGAGAGAAGUAAUUCGUCGUCUCGGCCGAGGAGUCGAGGAGUUUCGCAAGAUUGGUGAUUGCCGGGGACCCCAUGAUAUGCUGAACACCUUGCUGCAAACUGUCAAAGUAAUCUCCUACCCUGGGAGCUAUGAUGGAGCGGAUGGGCCUGCAUCGGAGAAAGGAAAGUCCCCACUGACAAUCAACGCGGAUGUGUUGGUGUCAUUACUCCUGGUCGUGGUUAUCAGGUCGCAAAUCCGACAUCUUCAAGCUCGUCUGCUAUACAUGCAACACUUCAUCUAUAUUGAUGAUGUGGACAGUGGAGAAAUGGGGUAUGCGCUCAGUACUUUCGAGGCGGUCUUGAUGUACCUCGUUACGGACUCAGCUGGUCUUCGUCGGGCUAGUGCUCGAAACCGACGUCUGUGGCAGGCGACCAAGGGCGGCAAGAUCUCAGACAUGAAGAGCAUCCUUGAGCCUAAUGGUGAUCAUGACACUAUGGAUGAGAAUGCCCCUCCGGAACCCGAACGCAAAUCUGUCUUAUUCCAGACGGACAGCUCAGAUGAACUAGAAGAAUCGCACUUCGAGACAACAUCCGUUUACAGCAACUCUGCGGUUACCAAUGGUGACUUUGCAUUGGAGGACGAUGCUUCUGAAGCGCCACCUUUGUCGCAUGUGUUUCCUUUUCAAACUUGGGGCGGGACUUCGUCUGCCAACGAGCCAAUCCGACCAAUUAAGAAGGUCUCGAUGGACGUUCGCAGUCUUUCCGAAUCAUCGGCUGUAUCAUUCCUCUCGAGAACGAAUACCCUUGGAUCCAUGACCAGCAACAUCGAGGGUGAUAGCUCCAUCGAAACCUUGACCAAGACACAGGACCCGGCUGGAGACUCGAUUCCGAUGAUGGCAGUGGAGAGUCGACAGCCCGAGGCUUUGAAAUAUCUUUUGAGCUUGGAGGAGUAUUAUCCUUUAGAAGAAAUUCUCGAAGAUACAAAUGCCGAUGGCACUACACUUCUUAAUGCGGCUGUGCAACUCGCUCACGCGGAAGUUGUUAACAUCCUGCUAGACUAUCUGUUCAGCAAGACGGAUGAAUAUGAUGUGGCCAUGUAUUUGGCCAAGUCAGAUGUACACGGCCGCACUGUCGCCCACUACCUCUUCAACGCCCCUUCGUUACUGGAGAGAUUAGGUGGCCUUCUUCCGUGGCGGCAGCGCGAUAAACAUGGACAGACGCCUUUGUUCGCUUUAUGUCGAUCCUAUGAUCACCCGGAAUACAAGUCAAUGGUACGAGCUGCCUUGACCGCAGCCAAGAGAGCCCAAAACAACGGGAAGCCUCUACAGCUGGAUGAUCACAUCGAUGCAAAGGGCAACACUCUUUUACAUAUUGUCGGCGAUCCCGAAAUCACGACAAGAAUCCUACAGGAAAGUGACUGUGACCCGAACGCAACUAAUGAUAAGCGGUUCACACCCUUGAUGAUGGCAAGCAAAUAUGGGCGAGUGGAGCAAGUUCGAAUCCUCUUCAUGGACCCGAGAGUCGAUGUCCAUGUCAAAGAAACUCGCGGCUUGACAGCCGUUGAACUUGCCAAGGACGAUGAGGUGCGCAAUCGUAUCGAUGACUUGAUUCUGCUGUCGCACCCACCAUCAGCCUGUGGAGAUCCCUCGGGUCGGGUUACUACUGUGGUCCGAUCAUUCUUCGUCGAGGAUGCGACAGUUCGAUUCAUUCUGAAGUCCGGUGCGCCGUACGGGCCAUCGGAUAUCGUGGCUACCUCUCGACCGGGAUCGACGACAUACACCGUCACGACAUGCCGACGCAGCUUUGCCGACUUUGUGAACCUUGCCAAGUGGCUGGAAGUGGAACAUCCUGCUUCUUAUGUGCCUUCCCUCGCGGAUUUCCGGAACCCCUUCCAAAUCCACUCCAAGCCGUCGCGGUCUGUUCUUCACGAUCUCCAGGAGAAACUCGACCGCUUCCUCAAAACCCUCCUGACACAUCCCACCUUCGCCACGCACGAACUGCUCUGGGAAUUCUUCUUGGUACCAGAGCUACAACCCGACAUGGUGGCUGAUCGAUGUCGCAGCAAAGUCGCAGCCCUCACUGAUACAAUCGCCGAAGAAUUCCGACCUAUUUCUACCGAAGGAAUGCGUGAAAUCGAAUCAUUCAUCACGCACGCACAGAGCAUGGUCCGCGCUGUGCACGUUAAUUCACGCAAUCUGAUCCGCCGCGGCCAUGCACUCCAGAACAGCACUUCAGACAUCGCAGACGCUGUGGGUCUUUGCUCGACCGUGCUUUCAACCUUCCAAGGACCGAGCAAUACCCUCCCAGCUUCCCAUGCCGACGCCUUCACUCGGUACGGCGGCUGCCUUUCCACUUCAAACACCGAAUCUUCACCCCUCCUCCAAUACAUCGCUGCCCUAACCUCAAUCGACAACACGACCGCCGCCAUCUUGAAGACCCUCUCCCGCCCUCUAUCACUCAUUUCCGACCUGAACUCGCUAGAACGGAACAUCGCCCGCAACCACUCCUCCCUGAUCUCCUCAUCUCUCCCACGCAAAUUCAACCUCAACCUCCCAGGAUUCGAAGAGUCCAGACAGAAGACCAUCCGCGACCUUCGAAGCAAGAUCAAAGAAGACCAAUUGCAGUGUGACCGUCUUGCAAGAGAGAUAUCCUGGAACAAGGACGUUGUCGUGGGCGAGCUAGCCGGCUGGACGACAUGGCGAGAGAAGGCCGGGCGCGACGCCAUCCGCGCCUUUGUGAAGGAGACCCUUGUUCGAGAGAAAGAGCGCGGAAAACGCAUAGAGCGCUGUCUGCGCAGUGUGCAAGAGAUGAAAUCAUGA